AUGGGGAGUAGUGGGCACUCAUCGAGAGGCCCCUCCAGACCUCCUUUGGAGUCUGUCUGGGGGAGACGGGGGCAGACAGCGGGCACACCCAGGCGUGCCACCAUCACGGAGGGUAUCAGUAGGCAGCCUCGGGAACUGCUCUGCAUCGUGGCUCCAGAGCUGGCGGCACUCCUGCAGCUGCUUUCAGCCACAAGCUGCGGGCAGUGUCGUGAGUUGCAGACAGCUCUCAUCGUCCUGCUGCAGCCGGGUCGGGGAGGCACGAGGUCCUCCUUUAGCCGCUUCAGCUCCUCUGGGGCUGGUGGAGGAGGGGGCCGAUUCAGCUCUACCAGUAGCUAUGGUGUGGGGAGCUCUGGGGCCUGUGGGAGGGGAGGUGGCGGCCGUUCUGGCUCCGGUUAUGGCAGAGGAUCUGGGCGUGGUUUUAGUGUUGGGAGUUUUGGUGGAGGUUCCAGGGGCUGCGGGGGAGGCUUUGGCGGUGGUGCUGAAGGCGGAGAUGGGGAUGAACUUAAUAGCCGGCUGGCCUCCUACUUGGAUAAGGUGCAGACACUAGAGGAGGCCAAUGCCGACCUUUAGAGUAAGAUCUGGGAGUGGUACAAAAGGCAGGGGCCCAGGACCGUCCAAAAGGAUUACUCUUGUUAUCAUGACCCCAUCCGGGAUCUCAAGAACCACAUUGUGUACAUCACAGUGGACAACAAGAAGAUUCUCCUGGACAUCGACAACAGUCGCAUGACCCUGAAUGACUUCAGGAUGAAGUUUGAGAUGGAGCAGAGCCUGCGGCAAGUGGUGGAGGCUGACAUAAAUGGCCUGCGGAAGGUGCUGGAUGAUCUGACCAUGCAGAAGUCUGACCUGGAGAUGCAGUAUGAGUCUCUGUGGGAGGAGCUGGUGGCCCUCAAGAAGAAUCAUGAGGAUGCGAUGCACCAGCUGUGUGGGCAGGGCACCGGGGAUGUCAGUGUGGAGAUGAACGCUACUCCUGGCAGAGAUCUCGCCAAGAUCCUCAGUGACAUGCAGGAGUAUGAGCAGCUCAGUGCUAAGACCUGAAGGGACAUUGAGCAGCAAUACGAGACUCAGAUGAGCCAGACUGAGCAGGGGGUGACACGUUGUGGCCAGGAGGUGACAAGUUGUGGCCAGGAGGUGACAGAGUCCAACAAAAAUGAGGUGACCAAGCUUCGACACAGUGUCCAGGAGUUGGAGUUUGAGCUGCAGUCUCAGCUCGGCAAGAAAUUGGCCCUGGAGAAAUCCUUGGGAGACACAAAGAACCGCUACUGUGGCCAGCUGCAGCAGAUCCAGGAGCAGAAGCUGGAGGCCCAGCUUGCUGAGAUCUGGGCAGAGACUGAGUGUCAGAAUCAGGAAUACAUCAGUACCAAGAUGUGGCUGGAGCACGAAACCAAGUUCUACCGCAGCCUCCUUGAGGGUGGCCAGGAGGACUUUGAAUCUCAUGGAGCUGGACAAAUUGGCUUUGGAGGUGGCAAAAGAAGUGGAUCUCAAGGUGGAGGUGGAGGCAGUUACGGAAAGAGCCAGGGUGGAAAAGGAGGCAGCUGUGGAGGAGGAAGUGGAUCCAGGGGUGGAAGUGGAGGCAGCUGUGGUGGAGGAAGUAGCUCUGGAGGAGGACGUGGAAGGACAUCCCAGCCCCCGUCCUAUUCCUCAGUACUGGUGGCUGUGAUACACAAGAUAUGGGAGAGCAUCUGCCAGCUGCUGCAGGAGAUCUUCAGGAAUUGGAUGGGGGCCACUAGGACCCGAGGGUCCUUCCAUCUCAGGAUUCUCCAGCUCUUUGAGCUCUAG